AUGCCACUCCAAAUACAGCGAACCAAGAAGGAUGGAAGGAAGAGGGCACUGUCGACAGUGUCUAAUAUUACAAAUGUACAGGGUCCUGUCGCCAGCGUGAAAACGUCUGAGAACGCCUCGCCGUCACAACGGGCUGGAUCAAAUCAAACAAAGCCCGCUGUUGAGACACAGGCCCAGAAACCGGCUACUUCAGCGAAGAAAAUACCGGAUGUGUUUCAGUUCCUCGACGAGAACGAUGACGAGUCAUCAUCCGAAGCAACCUCGGAUUCGUCAGAUUCAUCGGAGUCAGACUCAUCAGAGGAUGAAGAUCCGGCACCUCCACGAUCUGUGCAAAACCCCACCAAUAUCCAAGCUCCUAAACCGCGGGGAAAGCCAGUACCACAUGGGGUCUUGGUAUCAGGAGGUAAUACACCUCCAAAGACCGCUGUACCUACGUCUCCAACAUCAAAGAGUCCCAAGGAACAGCGCCGGCCCUCAGCAUCCCACGCUCCCUCUACGGGCAAUCAAUUACAGAUAACCCGAAAGCAAGCCAACCGAAAACCAAGUCCAAUCUCGACCACUUACCCAGUAUCUGGAAAGGGACAACUAGAACUGUCUCGACCAGAGAGCUACUACGGAAGAGACGAAGCAGCUUUCCACAGACCACCACUGCCCCCAUCUCCCCCAAGAAGCCCAGAAGACAGUCUCCACCACACGACACCAACAAAGCGACGAGACUCAACAGCAUCCCACGUGCCAUCAGGCUACGGCCUCAUCGCCUCACACAUAACCAAGUCCAACCAAGAAGACAAACCCGGGUUCCCCCCUCUAUACCGACGCUUCGAAAGCGUCAACCACCGCGUCCUCCUUCACCUCCAGGAUGAGAUCUCACAAAUGGAAGAGGACCUCCACACUCUAGAUGAGUACGAGGAAAUGCACCGAAUCGGCACAGCAGAGCAAGAAGGCACAAAGCCCCUACCCGCUUCCAGGCGCCGCGAUUCCCAAGCCCAGGUCUAUUCGUCACUCCACUACCGCCGCAUGGAUCUCAUGGGUGCUCUAAUCCAAAAAACCGAGCAAUAUAACAAUGCCCUAAGCUCCUACAGCAAAGUCCUCCAAACCCUACCCAAAGCCUCGGAAAAAGACAUCGAUGGCUAUCGCAUCUGGAUGAAAGAAAAUCAUCCCAUCGCUUCAUCCGAGACUCGAUUCUUGAACCACGAUGCUGAUCUCGUUUCCCUCACGCCGCGACUCGCUGCAGGAGCUGCCUCGGCCCCUGUUUACAUGGCUAUCAUCAUUGCCUCUGGCGCCCUGCUUCUGCCGCUACUGGCGUUUAGCAUGAUUGCAGAAUUCUCCGGCCGUCUAGUUGUUGUGACAGUCGUUGGCGGUGCUGCUGCUGCCAUUGCGGCGAAUUAUUCGGCUGGGAUUGAUACUCUUGUUGAUUCGAGGGAUGGGUGGCGGUGUGCUACUAUAUACUUUGGAUUCAUGACCAUUGCUGCCAUGUUCAUUCCCUGA